AUGCCCGUGAGAGGUGGACUGACUGACAUUGGAAUGUCAUUCAACUGCACAUUGCCUCAGUUUGACUUCGAUGAGGUUCGUAGUCGGCCAAAGGAUAUGUUUUAUCAGAGUAAGUUGGUUUCAGUUUACGAGAGACUAGAUCUUUUGGGAAAACCAAAGGUACCAGAGGAUUAAGAUUGAAAACAAAAUUUAUGCUGACAUUUUUGGGAGUUAACUUGUUGCCUAGGCAAGAGAUGGUGAUAAAAUUUUUUAAGAAUUUGAAAGUUUACUUUGAGACAGAGAGUCAUAUCACCUCAAAAAUUUUUUUCUUUCAGAUGCGCACAAUAUUUUCAACACCGCGACAAUGCUUUUUGCCGCAUUUGCCAACAUUUGGCUGAUGUUUAUAAUCCAAAAGUUCUCGAAUGGAAUGAAAGGUAUGGGUAAUAUGAUGAUGAUUCAUGUCGGCAUGGACGUGAUGUUGGCUCUUUUAAUUUUACUCCUUCAACCUGUCAUCACGGCCAGUUAUGGGUACGGAAUUUCGGUCUUUCUACCGACUUCUUAAAAUAGGAAAUUCUUAAAAAUUGUUUCAGUCAUUACAUCUCAUUCGCCAACGGUUACAACAAUUUUCCGGACGUGCUAAUUCGAACGCUCGCUGUAAUUUCGGGCUGUUUAUCGGACUACAGUUGGGCCUAUUUCCCGAUGCAAUUCGUCUACAGAUUUCAUUUGAUGUUCACGGGAAAAACGCCGUCGGUUCAGCGGAUGUUUUGGUACGCAACACCUUCCAUUAUUUUAUGCGCCUUCGUUACACAAGCCGAGAUUCAGUUUUACAUGUAUCGAGCGAGUAAUUUGCAGGAAAUUGGGGAGAUCAUAUUUAUUAAUGAUGGAUUUCCGGAGCCGGGAGUAAUAAACGGAGCUAUUUAUGUGAGUACUUGCAACUUUUUCCGGAUGUAAAGCCUCCAAAAAUUUCGGACGGAGUCUAAGGUUUUCUUCAAAAGGUGUGCAUAACAAAGUUUCAAGCUACAGUGGCGUAUCUGAUUCAUUGGCAAAAAACGUACCAAUUUGGAACCGGGAAGUAUCAAAAAUGCAGCAAAAUACCUCCCUCUCCAAGUGAAAAAAACCCGAUUUCAAAAGCGCGCCCGCUCUUUUUGUGAGGGAAAGGGCGGGCAUUUCAAAACGGAGUUUUUUAUUGUAGUGGGAGGUAUUUUGCCACAUUUUUAUUUUUUUUAUUUUUCAAAUGCAAAAUUAUACGUUUUUUGCCAAUGGAUCAGGUCCCUCACUAUGCAUAUCGAUUAAUACAUUCAAAUUCGAUCCCCAUUUUUUAUUUGAUUUCUCAAUUUUCAGUACGAGCCUCGCGUGUCAACAAGACUGCAAUCUUAUCUGACCUGGUACUCGUACCUUUUGAUUAUCGUCUCCCAGUUAGGGAUUUGGUACAGUACCAGCCGACCGGGCCGAAUGACGGCCAAUAAAAGACGGAACCGAGCGCUGAACCUUCUACUUGUCUGCAUGGUAAGCUAAUUUCGUCGGAAAUAACCCAGCGAAAACUAUUUUGCAAUUUUUACACUUUUUUAGGCAAUAACUCCAAUUUUUACAAUCAUUUUACCCAGCCAGUAUUAUGGUUACUACAUUACGCAAUGUGCUCCAAUGGGCCCAAAAAUCGCUUUCACCUCAAGUUUAUUUGUACUUGGCCCGAUUCUGGAUCCAAUUGUAACUUUUCCAGCCGUUAGGCAAUACCGAAAAGCCAUGAUUUCCCAUCUCCGCCAACUUUGCAAUUUGACGUUUGGAACAAAGUUUACGAUAGAAAAUUCUGCUACAACCAUGUUUGUAAAGGCUUUUGAGUUUCCGAGGGCUAGAACUAAAAGUAACUCCAUUGUUAAUAAAUCGUAAAUAUAUAUUUAUAUUCGAAUAGUAAUUUUUGGAAAUUCGAAAAAAAAUUAUUUUUUAUUCAUUUUAUAAUUUAUGCAAAUUUUUAAUUUUUAUGCAAAUUUUUUCAAAAUUAUAAAUCUGCUAAACUUUCAUCUACCUUUCCAAAUUUUCCCGCCAAUUCCACACCCUUUUCCCUUCAAUCUCUUUCAAAUGAACUUUUAGUCGAGUGGAUAGCGUGCUUUCUUUCCAAUCCAAAACUCGCGAGUUCGAUUCCGCUCGGGUUCCUCACUCACAGAUCGGCCUUUUCCUCAACGUCAGUCGAUUUGUUUCCUAUGGAACCCAGAAAAAACUGGCAAAUAAACCACGAGGUCAGUUGCUGUAA